UCCAAAUCCAUCUUUUUCAUACUUAUUUUGACUCCCAACUAUUUUACUUCAUUUUUAUCCUCUUGUUUACACUGGCCCCAAAUGAAUCUCUUCUUACAGUAAAGAUCUUCUCUUUGAUAUCCAAAGACCCUCAAACUCUCAAACCCCAUAUAAUUCAGCGCACAGAUCUCUUUCGAGAUCCAAAAGUUGUCAACUUUCCUCUUGCAAAUUCUCAGAAAAGCCACAGCCUUAUAGUGCUCCCCACCAUGUUCAAAACGAAACCCACUUCAAAAUUCGUCUUUUUCACCCUCACCCUCCUCCUAUUGCUAAGUCUUUUCACUUCCAUUAGAGCUUCCGAGCCCUCCACAAAUGAAAAUGGUGAUGAGGAUUCGGAGGGUAUUGAGGAAUUGUUAGCAUUGGAUGAAGAAGUAGAAAGGGAAGAAGAGCAAGAAGGGGUUAAUUUGAGGUCCUCAGAGGCACAAGUCUUGAGCAAAGCCCAAAGAAUUGUCCUGGAACUUAACAGUGAUAAUACCAAGAAAGCCAUUGAUGACAAUGAGUUUGUUCUGGUUCUGGGAUAUGCACCUUGGUGUCCGAGGAGUGCUGAGCUCAUGCCUCAGUUUGCUGAGGCUGCGACUUCACUCAGGGAAUUGGGGAGUCCCCUUUUGAUGGCAAAGCUUGAUGCUGAGCGGUACCCAAAAGCUGCCUCUUUUCUUGAGAUUAAAGGGUUUCCCACUCUUCUUCUUUUUGUCAAUGGCACUUCUCAUGUGUACACUGGUGGAUUUUCUGCGGAAGAAAUAGUUAUAUGGGCAAGGAAAAAGACCGGUGUACCUGUUAUUAGGAUAAGCUCCGUGAAAGAGGCAGAAGAAUUUCUCAAGAAAUACCAUACAUAUGUAGUUGGUUUCUUUGAAAAUUUUGAGGGCCCAGAAUAUAAGGAAUUUGUUAAAACAGCCACUGCUGACAAUGAAAUCCAGUUUAUCGAAGUGAGCGACACUGAGGUUGCCAAUGUUGUCUUCCCAAAUACUGAACCUACCAAUCUUUUCUUUGGAAUUGUUAAAAGUGAGCCAGAAAGAUACACUGCAUAUGAAGGGACCUUUGAAAUGGAGAAAUUGUUGCAGUUUUUGGACUAUAACAAGUUUCCAUUGGUUACGAAACUGACUGAGACAAAUUCUGUCAGAGUUUACUCCAGUCCUGUUAAACUUCAGGUUACUGUUUUUGCAGAGGUGAAUGAAUUCAAUAAACUUCUUAAGCCUCUUCAGGAUGUUGCAAGAAAAUUCAAGUCGGAGGUAAUGUUUAUAUAUAUUGACAUUACUGAUGAAAACCUUGCAAAGCCCUUUUUAACUUUGUUUGGGCUUGAAGAAUCAAAGAAGAUUGUGGUGACAGGUUUUGAUAACAAAGCCAACUCUAAGUUUUUGCUGGAGUCAGAUCCAACACCAAGUAACAUAGAAGAGUUUAGCUCUGGGCUUCUGCAUGGUACUCUGUCACCUUACUAUAAGUCACAGCCAAUACCUGAUAAUAAAGAUGCAAGCAUCCAUGUCAUUGUGGGAAAGACAUUCGAUGAUUUGGUUUUGAGCAGUCCCAAGAAUGUUCUUCUUGAGGUUUUUACACCGUGGUGCAUCAACUGUGAGGCCACGAGUAAACAAGUCGAGAAGUUGGCUAAGCACUUCAAAGGUUUGGACACUAUAGUCUUUGGAAGAUUUGAUGCUUCCUUAAACGAACAUCCAAAACUGCAAGUAGAUGAUUAUCCAACUCUCCUAUUUUACCCAGCCAGCGAUAAAGCGAAUCCAAUUAAACUUUCUAUAAAAUCGAGUUUAAAGGACUUGGGAGUUUCUAUCAACAAACUCUUGAAAGCUGAAGAUAAAGUCACAAAAGAUGAACUAUAGUAUAGAUUACUAUAAUCAUUGAUACAUAUACUAAGAAAAUAGAGGUAAGAAGAAUUACGAAGUUAAUUCUGUUCACAAGAGUUCUAGAAGAGAUUUUUCAUCACUAAAUCAAGGAAGCCCAACAUGGUUAAGGAGUUUUUAUUUGUACGGCCAUGAUCAAGGUUCUCCAUUAAAGUAUUAUAUCCAUUGCAUUCUUUC